AGAUAAGAAAAUGCAACGGUUCAGGUCUGAUUUCAUAUUGUUAGGAUAACCGAUAGGAGAUCAUUCCCACAAAUGGAAAAUAGGACUUAAAAACUGUUUGCAGUUCCGGAAGGGGAGGUUGAGGGAUUGUUCCAAUGGCUCAAUGAUUUGUCAAACAUCAGUCCUCAAGGAUGCCAGGUUCUUCGCCCUCCACUUUCCCAUAGUGCGUUUUCCUUUCUCCCACAGAGAUAUAAUAGAAACUAAUCUUCAAAAUCUAAACAUUCCGAGCCGGGUCCUUUUGUGCAGGCAUCUUGCUCUCUCUGCCCAGUGCCGGGAGCCGCGGAGCGCGCUCGUAUUUACACUGGCCAGCCCCCCGCUGCUCGGACCCCGGCCGGCAGACAGGCCAUCCAUCAUCCGCCCUCCUCCCGCCGAGCGCCGCCGCCGCGGCCAAUCGGGCGGCAGGUGGGGCGCACCUGCGGGACCGCCCGCCGCUCCCCGCCGCUCCCCGCCGCUCCCAGCCGCUCCCCUCCGCGCGCUGCGCCGGCUGGCGGUGCCCUUGCAGCCCCUGCGUUCUCCAAGGCCAGAACCCGGCAGCUAUAUGGGCUGACUCUAGUCUCCAGGGAAAAUGCCUUCAGGAGAUGAAGUGCCGCUGGAAAUUAAAGCGAACCCUCAACCAACUUGUUAAGGAACGCCCAACCUGCCGCAGAUUGGGAACAUUCGAGAUUGUAGACAUGCCUCUGCAUUUUUCCCUUUCUUUUCAUGACGCCUUAAAGCAUGAACCUUCCAUCAUUGCCCUUUGGAGAGACAAACUUUCAAUUCCACAUUUCAAAAAGAGACAGAGAACUUGGAGGGAGUUCAGACAAGAGGGACCCAAUGCAGGACCAUUUGUCUUCAAAGGGAAAAGUAAUAUUUGGGGAAUGGAUUUAAAUUAGGAACAUUUUCAGGUAUACCGGAAAACAGCCAAAGAACCAUGGAAGUUUAAAAAAAAAGUUUUAAGGAACACCAUGAGAAGUUACAAAGUCACGGUUCUGAUAAGCAAGAGGAGCCCUAUGCAAAUGAGGCAUUACAUCAAUAAAGAGCUGUGAUUGAAACUGAUUGAUGAUGAUUAUGGUGAUGAUCAUUAUGAUUACUUCCUUAAGUAUUUUAACAACAUCACAUUCGCUAGCCUCUAGUACUUGCUUUGACAAACCCUGACGUUGGAUUAACUCAACCAUCUACCUUCUACAUAUCUGUGCCAGUAGCUUCACUUGGCUAAUAUGGUCUGACCCUGGCUAACCUUGGUUCCACUUUAAAAUAAAAUCCCCAGCUUCACUUCCUCUCUGACCACUGCCCUGUAGCUCUAUCCUGCCUUCCCACAAUGUUGAAUCUGCAGGACAAUAAAAAAAAAUCCCACACCUCCCCUCUCUCC